AUGUUGGGAGUGUUUAGCAGCUCUAUAGUAUCUCCGCCCGACGAGCUGGUGGCGGCAGGAAGCCGGACGCCAUCUCCGAAGACAACGGCGGAUGCGCUGGUGAAGCGAUUCAUCGACACCAAUCCCUCCGCCGUAUCCUUACAGAUCGGAGACAACGCGCAGUUGGCUUACACCCAUCACAGCGAGUCCUUGCUGCAUCCCAGAUCAUUCGCUGUUAAGGAUGAUGUCUUCUGCCUGUUUGAGGGUGCACUGGACAACUUGGGAAGUCUGAGGCAACAAUAUGGGCUUGCAAAAUCGGCAAAUGAGGUGAUUUUGGUAAUUGAGGCAUACAAGGCUCUUCGUGACAGGGCACCUUACCCUGCAAACCACGUUGUUGGUCAUCUUAGUGGGAGCUUUGCUUUCAUUGUCUUUGACAAUUCUACCUCUACCUUGUUUGUGGCUUCUGAUCAAUUUGGAAAAGUUCCUCUAUAUUGGGGAAUCACUGCUGAUGGUUUCGUGGCCUUUGCCGAUAAUAUUGAAUUGCUUAAAGGUGCUUGUGGCAAGUCCCUUGCCUCUUUCCCUGAAGGGUGCUUCUACUCCACAGCAGUUGGAGAACUGAGAAGCUUCGAAAAUCCUAAAAGCAAGAUCACUGCUGUUCCAGCUAAGGAGGAAGAGAUAUGGGGUGCUACUUUCAAGGUUGAAGGGCCAGCAGUUCUUGCAGCCAGAGAGUAG